UUGGGGUCACGGUCUCGUCGCUUUCAAUUCUGUUUCAGUUCAGUCUCGGCUCGGCGCGGCCUCGCAUCGCAGUGGAUCGCUAACGUUAUGAGUCGCACAGUAUAUUCCAUUUGCGGAGUGAUAUACGUUCUUGGGUUUAAAACCUUUGUACAAUGAGCGGUUCUAAUGCGAAUAUAGGGAAUGAAAAUUUCAUAGAAUGGCUUCGUUUACAAGAUGCAAACACGCGAGUGGAAAGAAUUAGUAGUAUUGCAAAAUCGUUAAGCAAAAUGAAUGUACGAGGCUCGGCCAUCAAAGCUGCUUUAGCGCAGCUGUCCCAGCGCUGUGAAGUUAUGCUUGUUAGGCUUACAGACAAGCAGAUUGAACAUCACUUAAGGCGGAAGCCAUUACAAAACAUUGAGUUCCGACAUCAUUUGGAGACAAACGCAAAAGAAUCAUCAAAGCCAUGUUCUAUUGAAGAUAAGGACAAUCCAAAACAUUCAAAGAAAAAGAGAAAAAAGAAAACCGAAGAUCUAAUGUUGGAGCUAUUUGGUGAAGAUGUCGAAGAAGCCGUCGAAGGAGAUGCCCCGCCAAAAAAACGUAGGGUUGACGAGCCUGGCAAAUUGUUGCCUUCUAGCAAGAAAAAAAGACCUAACAAAGAAAGAAAGAAAGUUAAAAAAUUCGCUCUCCCUUCCACAAACGGUGUUAGUUCUGAAGAAGACCCCUCCAUCAAAGAGCUGUGGUCCAUCCUAGGAAUGGAGUCUCCAACUGACCGAACAGCGAAAUAUUUAUCAGAUUGCCAGAAUUCAAAUCCCUCAGGAACAGUAGCUGUGCACGCUACAUUUGAGAAUGCUGGCUUAGCCGAUGCGUCGGUAUUUAUGCCUCAACCGGGUCAUGAUUCAAUUCAAAGUUCCUUAAACGAUAAAGGGUUAGGUGUUAUCAAUCAGAAUAGUAUCUCUGAAGAUACGGUAGAGACGGAACAGUUUUUAACGAUAAGUGGAACAUUCAGCUUGGCAAACACUUGCUUUGAAGGUAGUCCUCCAAGUCACUUUCAAAAUGUUUCUAACAACGAUAAGAAGCCUAUUACUCCAAAUAGUAGCUUAGAAGAACAUAACAUCAGGGAUAUAUCAAUCUCUAGAGGAACAGAUUUUACACAAAAGCAGCCCUUACAGGGCAGUAGCAGGAAACCGGAAUCUAAUGAGCCAAAAUCUAUAGUUGGCACUAUCAGAGUAAAAAACCUAGGUUUGUUGGUUGAUCCAAAGUUGCAACCAGAUAAUAAUGAAAACACAUUAAUAACUAAAGACAAAUCUCAUUCAAACGCAAAUUUAUCAAUGGAUCCUACUACGAGUAUGGAAGACAAGGUUGUAGCUACAUAUAGGUACUAUUUUAAUGAACUGGUGGAGGCAAAAAUCCCUAAACUUGGUGAACUGUUACACCUUGCUUUAGCUGAUGCUAUGCGAUUCCACAAUACAAUAUCAAAGGCAAAUAAAUUGUCAUCUCAAGAGUUAAUUAAAGAAGAACGUCAAAGAGCACAUAAGGAUUACGAUCAUAAAAUGAGGAGCAGAGGAAUCGAAUUUCAUUCUCUUUGUGAAACGAUUGUUAACAAGUUCGACGUAAGUUCUAAAAAGACUCUCUUUAUCGCUUUAUUUUGUCGUAUUCUACACCAUGCAAGCACUAUUGAUCCUGCCAAUGAAGGGGAGGUAAGAGCAGCGGCAACAGUGAUACUGGCAAUGUUGGAAGCCCAUAAAUACAAAGACCAUGACAUUCUAGAGCUACUUAAAAAUGACCUAGAACAAUUUGAAAAUCAAGUCGAAGGAGUUCAGCAAAUAAUAGCAAAAUGUGUUCCUGGGAUUAGCAAUAACACAUCUCCCACAAUAUCCCAUAAUAGUGAUACUGUCCUCAUCUGUAAACCUCCAGCCUCAAGUCAAAAUUCUCAAGACAAACUGAAUUCCUGUAACCUAUCUUAUGGUAGGAAGACUUAUAGUAGGAAGAGAAAUGAUACCAGUCACAUAAGAAGUAGAGCAACAACAUCUUUGAUGGCAAAUCCAAACGCAAAUGGACAUACCUCAGUAAAAAACAACACUAUUAUUACAAACGACCCUAGCCAAGCCGCUAAACAAACUCUUGAUGACAAGCAAAAAGCUUCCAUGGCCCAUACAUCAAACGUUAAGCCUUCUACAGUGAAUCAGAGAUCUCCUAAUAUCGCAGAUUCGUCCAAUGCAGCUCUAAACAGAAGCCAUCAUAAUUAUCAACAAAAUUGUAAUGUAAAUUUGGACAAAACCUCCCAUAGGACAGUUUCUAAUGGUGUAGUUGCUCACCCACCUAGGCCUGUAAUGCAGAAUAAUAGAACAGUAUCCCAUAAUCAACAUACCAAUUCUAUUCUCAAAGUUCAGAAUAGCUCUUUAGUAAAUGAGAAAGUAACUGCAAAUAGAAUAAAUUUCUCACCGUCAAACGACCCUAACUGUAAUUCAAGUCUUCUGAAAAAUAGCCAGUGCACCAAAUCGCCUCAACUAUUAAGGUUGCUGAAUGGAGUUACAAUGGCAUCAACCCCCGUCAUCACCUCUUUUACUACUUCUGACACAUCUAACAGCCCAGCUUUGCCUUCCAGCUUGCAUAGAUUACCAGCAUCCAUAACAAUAACACCGUCAUCUAUCAUCCGACACCCAACUUCUUCAGUGACAUCAACUAAUAUCCAGCCUACCCCAAAGCCUUCUGAAUCAAUUGACACCAUGCCCCAAGUGAAUAAAACACGCCCAUUAGUUAUCAUGCCUAACACAUCUAGGGCAGUAACAAACUCCUCUAGUGCUCAUUCCACUAUUGUAAAUAGACAUCAAACUCAAAUUGUAAGAAAUUGUAGUUACAAUUUAAAGUCAUUACUGGAGUCUUCUGUUUCAAGUCCAAUAUCCACUACUAGUAGUACAAAUGAUUUUUCACCACAUAAUUCAAACACUACCGAUGCAAGUUCAUUAUCCUCAACUUAUAGAAAUAUCGAAUAUGCCUUGAAGAAGAUUGUUGCCACCAGAACUGGGAAUGAGAAACUUCAAAAACAAAGUAAUCUUUAUAAAACAACGUCGGUCACCUCGGUUAAUCCUGCUUUAACUUCAGCUCCAGCUCCACCUCAUAACCAAAGUUUCUCUGCGGAUUGCGUUGGAAAUAGGAACACUGGAACAAUACGAAAUCCUUCCACUAUGUCUUUAACAAUUACAACCAGUCACUUAGCACCAACAACGGUGUCUCCAACCACUUCACCCACUGCUGAGGCAAAUUUACCAUCAUCGUCACAUUGUCAUCCAUUUAUCGCUAGAAGACCCAUCAGUGGCAAAAUGAAGAUGCUAUUUGAUCCUUCCAACAACUAAAAAACCCAAAAGAGACAUCGCUAUCCUGAGAGUCGAGAGAGAAUUUACAUUAGUGUUAUACAUUAUUCUCCUACUUAAUUUUGAAUGUCAAAUUGUAAAAACUGCCUUUGUUUAUUGA